UACUGUUGUUUUUUGUGUCUUCCAUUGCCAGAUAGAUAGUCAACGCCAUGAAAAUAAUGUUUUUUUUUCUUUCUUAAAUGCUCAGUUUCUUCCUAGUAGAGAGUGGUCCAGCCAGAUUUCUUCUUUAUUACCAAAUCUAUUGAACAACAAACCCUAAAUCUUUCUACCUCCAUACCACUUUCCAGACCCCCCCUGCAACAAUGUCUCAGUCUCUUCAGCUUUACAUUAAUAAUCAGACCCCAAACGUUUUCUUCAAAGGGGAGGGGAAAAAGCAUGGGAGGUCAAAUCAAAUGAAGUUGUUGGUUAAAGAAAAACCAAAAGCAACUAUGAUGUCACAACAUGCUGCUGUACCAACAGAGAUUCCUCCACAUUGGUACAACAUAAUUGCUGAUCUUCCCAUUAAACCACCUCCACCAUUGCAUCCAAAGACCUUUCAACCAUUGCACCCUCAAGAUCUGUCUCAUCUUUUCCCUGAUGAGCUCAUUAAACAAGAGACAACUAAUGAGAGAUUUAUUCUCAUUCCCGAUGAAGUUGUCGAUAUUUAUAGGCUUUGGCGCCCCACCCCUCUAUUAAGAGCCAAGAGGUUGGAGAAAUUACUUGAUACACCUGCAAGAAUAUAUUACAAGUAUGAAGGUGUGAGUCCAGCCGGUUCACACAAACCAAACACUGCGGUCCCUCAGGUUUGGUACAACGCUCAACAAGGUGUCAAGAACAUUGUCACCGAGACUGGCGCGGGCCAAUGGGGGAGUUCCUUAGCCUUUGCCACCAGUUUAUUCGGUCUCAAUUGUGAAGUGUGGCAAGUUCGCGCUUCUUACGAUCAAAAACCAUAUAGGAAACUAAUGAUGCAAACAUGGGGAGCCACGGUUCACCCUUCUCCUUCCGACAUAACCGAAUCGGGUAGGAGAAUUCUCGAAAUGGAUCCAUCAAGCCCAGGUAGUUUAGGAAUUGCGAUUUCCGAGGCUGUGGAGGUAGCAGCUAACAACGAGGAUACUAAGUACUGUUUAGGAAGUGUUUUAAACCAUGUUCUGUUACAUCAGACCGUUAUUGGGGAAGAGUGUAUUCAGCAGAUGGAAGCUUUAGGUGAGACCCCUGAUGUGAUUAUUGGAUGUACGGGUGGCGGGUCGAAUUUUGCAGGGCUUUGUUUCCCAUUUAUCCGCGAAAAACUUAAAGGAAAAAUUAAUCCGGUUAUAAGAGCUGUUGAGCCUACCGCUUGCCCUUCGUUGACCAGAGGUGUGUAUGCUUAUGAUUAUGGAGAUACAGCUCAGUUGACUCCGUUAAUGAAGAUGCAUACACUCGGUCACGAUUUCAUUCCUGACCCUAUUCAUUCUGGGGGAUUGCGUUAUCAUGGUAUGGCGCCGCUGAUUUCACAUAUCUAUGAAUUGGGUUUCAUGGAAGCAAUUGCAAUUCCACAGAUUGAGUGCUUUCAAGGGGCCAUACAAUUUGCAAGGUCAGAAGGGCUGAUACCAGCACCCGAACCAACACACGCGAUAGCUGCAGCCAUUCGGGAAGCCCUUCACUGCAAAGAGAGUGGAGAAUCAAAAGUGAUACUAAUGGCAAUGUGCGGACACGGUCAUUUUGACCUUCCAGCUUACGAAAAGUACUUGCAGGGUGCGAUGGUUGAUCUGUCUUUCUCGGAAGACAAGAUACAAGCUUCUCUUGCGAACGUUCCACAUAUGUCCUAGGUAAAAGGUUACCGUCUUUUCAUGUUGUAAUCUUUAAUUGUGUAACAAAAUCAUCACUGAAAUAAAAGUAAUAAUAAUAAUACAUUCAUUCACAUUA